CACAAACAGUGGAACUCCUAGCAGAGACGCACAGAGUUCUUCUGUGGGUUUUAUGGCGGACUUACAACCCAACAAGGUGCAUUGCCGCCACCAACUGGACGGGUUGAAACCAAAAUAAGUACAUGACAAUAAUUACAGGUUUAAUAGCUAUCACCAGCCACCCGGGAAAUGGCCAGUCAUGUACCUCCGGCCCACAGCACCACCCCCUCCACUUGAACAGCCGGUCAGUACCCCAAGCGGCACCACCACUCCCAUCAUCAGUGCUGACACAGGAACCCACUGCAAAAGCCGGCCCCUCGACCUGGUGUUCAUUAUCGACAGUUCACGUAGUGUGCGCCCCACAGAAUUUGAGAAGGUCAAAAUCUUCCUGGCUGACAUGGUCGACACCCUCGAUGUUGGCUCGGAUGCCACGCGGGUGGCCGUCGUGAACUACGCUAGCACAGUGAAGAUCGAGUUCCUUCUCAAGACGCACUUCGACAAGGCAGGCCUGAAGGCAGCGCUGGCCCGCAUCAAAUCUCUAGCUGCUGGUACAAUGACUGGCCUGGCUAUCAAGACGGCCAUGGAGGAGACCUUCACUGAGGAGUCAGGCUCCCGGCUAGCUAACAAGAACAUUGCCAAGGUGGCCAUCAUCGUAACCGAUGGACGUCCCCAGGACACGGUGGAGGAGGUGGCCGCGGCAGCGAGGGUGGCAGGCAUCGAGAUCUACGCAGUGGGGGUGGACAGGGCGGACAUGAAGUCCCUGCGUCUCAUGGCCAGUCUGCCCCUGGAUGAACACGUGUUCUACGUGGAGACCUACGGCGUCAUUGAGAAGCUCACGUCCAAGUUCAGGGAAACCCUGUGUGAGGAUGCGAAUGAGAUGAGUGGGAAUAAGCUGAGUGAAAACGCAUGCAUGUGUGAGGCUCAGAUUGCCUUCCAGAUGAAGAUGCAGUUCACCAUACAGGAGCUGACCAGCAAAUAUAUCCUUUUACCUCACCAUUGUUUUAUAAUGGGUGGUAUUUAUUUAUGUAGCAAUUUUACAAGACCUCAAAGCCACUACAACCAGCUGCAAUGUUGUACAUACAGUAUGUCUGCCAGUGGUGUAGCACAGUUCUGA